AUGGUCAAGUCAUAUACAAGGUACGAGCUAGAGCACGUCUUUGGUGUUGUCGUAUCCACUCAAUCCAAUGCCAUCUUCCUGGCCGACCCGAAAGCAGGCGCAUCAAGCGGGCGCGCGGUUGUCGCCGCCCUUGAACGAGUCAUUGUCUGGGAUGUCAAGAAGGGAGAGAAGCUCAUGUCUUGGAUAGACCCGGACUGCAAGGCUGAAGUAACACAGAUGGCACAAUCACCGGCAGAUCAAGAUAUAUUUGCCGUUGGCUACAGCGACGGCUCUAUUCGUCUGUGGACCAUGGCAUCUGGGCAGCUCAUCGUCACCCUCAAUGGACAUCGUUCGGCCAUCACUUCACUGGCAUUUGACUUGGAUGGCAUGCGGCUUGCAUCAGGCUCGCGCGAUACAAACAUUGUCCUGUGGGACGUCAUUGCAGAAGUCGGCAUCACUCGGCUCAAGGGCCAUCGCGAUCAAAUUACAGCGCUACUCUUCUUGGAAGUCGAUGGAGCAAGUCAUUUGCUGUCUACAAGCAAGGAUGCCUUCCUCAAACUUUGGGAUCUGACGACAUCGCACGCUGUUGAGACACAUACCGCACAUCGUGGCGAAACGUGGGCGCUGGCGCAAAGCCCAGAUGGGUCGACAUUGGCAACAGCUGGCCAGGAUGGAGAACUCAAGUUAUGGUCCAUCAAUGCCAAAGCGCAGCCGGCCAACAAUGAAAAGGUAUUUGCUUGCCUGGGCUCAUUGCCACGGCAGUCCAAGGCGCGACCAGUGACUUUGGCAUAUCACGCAAGUGGAUCCUAUCUUGCAAUUCAAGGUGCAGACAAGGCUGUUGAAAUAUUUCGAAUCCGACCAGCAGAUGAGUUGGAGAAGCUUCUCAAACGCCGGCGGAAAAGACUGGCAGCCAAGGACAAGGCCGAGCAGGAGACGGCUGAGAUCAAGUUUGACGACAAGCAUGUUUCCUAUGUGACGCUUCGCUCCAGUCACAAGAUUCGUUCUAUUUGCUGGUCACCUUCGCCUAAUUUGACUCUGCUCUGUGCGCUUCACAACAAUUCGCUCGAAGUUUAUACCAUACCACCAGCAGAGUCUCUCAGCAGCAAGCACGAGGUACCUGAAUACAUCAAAGCACAUGCGCUCGAGCUGCCAGGCCAUCAAGCAGAAGUGCGGACCUUGACGCUCUCCUCUGCCAACGACAUUCUCGCCACCGGCUCAGAUGGCUUGCUCAAGCUGUGGAACAUCAACAGUGGUGCAUGUAUCCGCACUAUUGAAUGCGGCUACUGCCUUGCACUCACAUUCAUCUUGCAAGAUCGGUAUAUUGUUGCCGCCACCAAGGAAGGCAAGUUGCAACUCUUUGAUAUUGCAAGCUCUACGCUGGUUGAGACGCUCGAUGCGCAUGAAGGUGCCGUCUGGUCGCUUCAAGUACAUCCUGAUGGUCGAACGCUUGUUACAGGCUCUGCAGACAAGACUGUCAAAUUCUGGCGAUUCGAGACGACCCAAGUCGAUGUGGUAGGCACAACGAGACAAACACAGCGACUGACGCUCAAGCACGCCAAGACGCUCAAAUUGACGGAUGAUGUCUUGUCAGUACGUUUUUCACCGGAUGCUAAAUUACUCGCCGUCGCCUUGCUGGAUGCUACUGUCAAGGUCUUUUUCGCAGACACGCUCAAAUUCUUUCUCUCACUUUAUGGCCACAAGCUCCCGGUGCUCAACAUGGACGUUUCUUCAGACAGCAAGAUGCUUGUGACGUGCUCAGCAGACAAGAACGUCAAGCUUUGGGGUCUUGAUUUCGGAGACUGCCACAAGAGUAUCUUUGCACACAACGAUGCCAUUCUGCAAGUGGCAUUUGAGCAAGAAGGCCACAAUUUCUUCACGUCCGGUCGUGACAAGAAGAUCAAUUACUGGGAUGGCGACCGCUUUGAGAAUAUCCUACGAUUGGAUGGCCACCAUGGCGAGGUUGCAGCGAUGGCAGUCAGUGGCGACAGCGAGUUUGUCGUCUCCUCUGGUCACGAUUGCAGCAUUCGUGUUUGGCGGCAGUCUGACGAUCCCGUCUUUUUGGAGGAGGAGCGAGAGAAGGAGAUGGAGGAGAUUUACGAAGAUCAACUUGCUGACUCGCUGCAACGCACCGAGAUGAAUGAGAUGACUGACGAGGGCGAAGAAGCUGGACGUGCAGGACAAGCCACGACAGAGACAUUGACGGCAGGUGAAAAGAUUAUCGAGGCACUCGAGAUUUGCGAAGCGGACCGGCUCAUGAUGCUAGAGUAUGAACGGCAAAAAGUGCAUCGACCUGCAAUGACGGUGCCCCAGCGGAGUCCUGUGCUACACGUCCUGAAUGUGUCUGCAGAACGGCAUCUUCUCAAUAUCUGUCAGGCAGUCAAGCCCAGCCAUUUAGAGGAUGCUUUGCUGAUAUUGCCAUUUGACAAAGUCUCGACAUUUCUCAUCUUCCUCGACAGCUGGGCGCGCCAUGCAUGGAACAUGCCGUUGACGACCAAGAUUCUGAUGGUAUUGAUUCGGAUGCACCAUGCACAGAUUGUGGCGAAUCAACUGAUGCGGCCAAUGCUGGACGCAGUCCGCACCCACCUGCGACAGGCUUUGCAACGGCAAAAGGAUUUGAUGGGCUUCAACCUCGCUGCUUUGGGCUUCUUACAACGCGAUCAUGCAGCCAAUACGCAGACUGACUUUGAGGAACCGGUAGAGCAGCCCGUCAAGCGUGCAUUUGCGACGAUUUCUUAG